AUGAUCAAUUCAAAGCAAACUCUAUGUGAUCAGCAGGCGGAAAGUAGACUGGCAUUCGUCAAUUACAUCGAACCUCCCCGGCACCUUUACAGUCGAGAUCAACAAGCCUCUCCUUAUCAGUCGAGCCGCUACGCUCCCCUUCCUCAUCAUUUUUCCGCCCGAAUCAAAACUGUCCGUCUUGCCUUGUCCAGGCCCCGCCUGCCCUUCUUUGACCCGAUCAAAUCUCAUAGAAUCCUCUUAUCUUCGCUGAAAGAAACAAAUUUAUAUUCGAGAGAGGAGCAUGGAGGAGCAUGGGUGAAAUUAGACGGGCAAGAAUGGGUGAUAUUGGGGGACAGCUACUGUCAGUCUGGAGUCAGGCCCGGCGAGAUCCUGGCCAUGCUGGGCCCUUCCGGCAGCGGCAAAACCACCCUCCUGACCGCCCUUGGCGGCCGUCUCUCCGGCAACAUCACCUACAACGGCCGGCCAUUCUCCUCCGCUGCCAAAUUGGCCAUAGGGUUUGUCACCCAAGACGACGUCCUCCACCCUUGCCUAACCAUAGGCGAAACCCUCAUCUACAUGGCCCUAUUACGCCUCCCGUCCAACCUGUCCUCACCCGAGAAAGUUCGCCACGCGGCUGCCGUCGGGGCCCGUCUCGGGCUUUCGAGGUGCUGGGACAGCAUUGUCGGGGGCCCGCUCAUGAGGUGA